AUGUCCCUGCUAGUGAGAGCCAUUGUUGGCCUGCUUGGCCUUGUCAUUCUCAAGUCCUUCUUGACCCGCAAAAGGUUUCCGGCCCCACUCCCCCCGGGCCCCAAGCCAAAGCCGAUCAUCGGGAACCUGUUCGACCUACCAGCCAAUGGAGAAGCAGAUUGGCUGCAUUGGUACAAGCACAAGAAGACCUAUGGCCCCAUCAGCUCGGUACAGGUCUUUGGAGAGACCCUCAUAAUCGUUAACGAUGCCCGGAUUGCGGUUGAGUUGUUGGAGAAGCGUUCAGCUAUACACUCAGACCGACCUAGCUUGACAUUUAUCGAGAUGUUUGCAACCACCGCCUUCAGGACCGGAACAACAAUGAACCCGCGUGUCCGGACUGAGCGGAAGCUAUUCUAUCAACAAAUUGGUUCAAACAAUUCUGUUGCGCGGUUCAAUCAUAUCCAAGAGGCCGAAGUUGGUCGUACCCUGCUUCGGGUGCGUGAUAACCCCGAAGGUCUGCAAGACCACAUCCGGAAACAAGCAGCAGCAAUCAUCUUGAAGGUAGCAUAUGGAUACAGCGUUGUGCCACAUGGGGAUGACCCACUGGUGAAUCUUAUAGCCCGGGCGAUGGGAAAUCUCGGCGCGGCCCUUGUUCCCGGGGUGUGGCUAGUGGAUUUUAUUCCAUUCUUGAGGCACAUCCCGGCCUGGUUUCCAGGUGCCACAUUCGCACGCGUUGCAGAGACCUUCCGAGAAAGCGCCCGAGCCUGGAACUGUCAACCGUAUGAAUUUGUCCGGCAUCAGAUGUCGCAAAUCAAGCACGCACCAUCCUAUCUAUCCGGUUUACUCGAGGCGAAGGGGGUUCCAGAGCCAGGCUCCUUUGAUGAAAUCACCAUAUCCACUUUGGGCGGACUUUUCCUCGCGAUGGUUCUCUACCCGGAUGUACAGCGAAAAGCACAGGAAGAAAUUGACCGAGUUGUCGGGACAGACCGUCUUCCCAGCUUCAGCGAUCGCGAGAACCUGCCAUAUAUCGACGCCAUGGUUAAAGAGGCCCUCCGUUGGCAUUCCGUGACCCCAAUGGGGGUUGUACACAGCUCGUCGGAGGAUGACAUGUACGAAGGCUACUUCAUCCCAAAGGGUUCCCAGAUCCUGCCGAAUCAAUGGGCCUUCACCCACGACCCAGAUGUUUACCCCGACCCUAUGGCCUUUAAACCCGAGCGAUUCUUAGCAACUGAGAACCACGCCCCCGAGCGCGACCCCCAUCUCCUCGCCUUCGGAUUCGGCCGUCGCAUCUGUCCCGGCCGCACACUGGCAGAUUCCAACGUCUACCUGAGUAUUGCGCAGUCGCUGGCCGUAUAUCGCUUCACUAAGCCCAUCAAGAACGGCAAGGAAGUGGACGUAGAGCCGAAAUUCUUGAACGGGGUGAUCAGUCACGUGGCACCGUUCGAGGUGGGCAUUAAGCCCAGGAGUAAGCAGCACGAGGCGCUGCUGAAGGAGUUGGAGAUCAAGUAUCCGUGGGAAGAGGGUCACGCGGCAGAACUCAGUCAGGUGAAGUUUUGA